AAAUAAAGUCAAACCGUACAUAUAGACUGCCAUUAAAACCCAUUCGAUACAUUCGAUAUAAAUAAACACCGAAAGGCUUGUGUUUAUUAUAUUACGACGUGUCUGCACUUGACCCCGUGCCCAAAGAUCUGGAAAGUGCGCGAUCGCCACAGACACAAGAAGGACACCAUUCCGUGGUGGAGCAGGAGAAGGAGCAGGAAGACUAGAAAGGGUAGCCAACGGUAACGCUAAGGAAGUUGGCAAGGCAUCAAGGAUGGCUGGAUCCGCGUUGCGCCGCCUGAUGGCGGAAUACAAACAGUUAACACUUGACCCGCCCGAGGGCAUUGUAGCCGGCCCCAUCAGCGAGGACAACUUCUUCGAGUGGGAGGCAUUGAUUGCUGGACCCGAGGGCACUUGCUUCGAGGGCGGUGUAUUCCCCGCCCGCCUCGUCUUUCCACCCGACUACCCACUUAGUCCGCCAAAAAUGAAAUUCACUUGUGAUAUGUUCCAUCCCAAUAUCUUCCCCAACGGGCGGGUCUGCAUAUCAAUACUUCACGCGCCUGGCGACGAUCCCAUGGGCUAUGAGCUGUCCGCGGAGCGCUGGAGUCCUGUCCAGAGCGUGGAGAAGAUUUUGCUCAGCGUGGUCAGCAUGCUGGCAGAACCUAACGAUGAGAGCGGCGCCAAUGUGGAUGCCGCCAUAAUGUGGCGCGAGCGGCGAGACGAAUUCAAUGCCAUCGCCCGACGACUGGUGCGCAAAACCCUCGGAUUGCCGCCGUAAAUGAUUUAAAACAAAUUGGAAAUGGACCAUGUCCGCCACCGUCGACCCAAAACAACAACACGAUUCCAAGAUUGCGCCCUACACGAAAUGCUAACACCACAGUUCCCAACCCAUAACACCCUCGUUGAGCUAAUCGACAAAGACGUUUCAAAUUAGCAAAAAUAAAUAACCUAGAAAUAAAAUCGACUGUUAACCAAAAUCAGGCAAACAGCAGUGAUCCUUGGCUGAUUCAGCGAAUCUAGGAAGAGGGUUUUUUUAGCCACCAGAACUCACUAGGCAAAGUCUGAAGAAUGUGAAAAGUCCGUAUAAAAUGCUUAUAUAUCCUAUAAAUAAAUGUUUAUUUUUUAUUUUUA